AUGACAAUAUUAUUCACAAUAAACAUUCCUAGUUCGGGUGUAUUUUUUUCAAAUUCAAAAUUACUAAAUUGCGGAAUAAUUAUUAUUACUUACUAUUAUAUUUUAAAUAAUAAUGCAUAAUCGUUGAACAAUUACUGUUUGGACAAAAAUCGAUUCGGUUGAAUUAUUUCUACAUCUACAUUUAUAUUUUAUUAAUAUAUUUAUUUUACCGUUUAAAAAUGUAUGCACGAAGCAAAACGCCCAGUAUGGGAACACCAUCUGUGUAUUCUAUACACGCCAGCCACCUGACCCUACGAUCAUCCAACUUACGUUCUACGCGGUCAAUGAAAUCAUUACGCGUCCCGUGGUACCAACGUCCGAUACUCAAAGACGCCUACUUCCUCGAUACUCAACGUGGUGCACUUAUCAUUGCUUUUUAUUCUCUGUUUUUGAGCAUAUUUACACUUGCCACGUCUGCAUUUGAUACAUAUUGUUUAGCCAUGGCCGUGCCCGGGUCAACUCAUUACGGUUACUAUGUUAUGAGCUAUCAGUUUGUGUACGUUGGCAGUGCAUGGGUAAGGAAUUUGCUGAUACUGUUUUCAUUAUUUUCAUUCGUCGCAGCCGCAGUGAUUUUCGUUACAAGUUUGAUUUUGAUAUCGGCUCUGAGAAAAGAACACGAGAAACGCAUAGUGCCGUGGCUGUUUUCGUUUGCGGCAUUUGUCAUAUUUCGUUUCAUCGCUUGGACCUUUUCCUCGAUUGCAAACGAUCCCAUAUUCGGGUACAAUAUCACAAUGAUCAUAUUGGGUGCAGUGUUCACGGUGAUAAACGUUUAUGGCUGGUUGCUUGUCUAUUCUUUGUACUUGGAGCUUUUCGACCUGACAAAAUUAGAAGAUUUAGCUCAUCUCAGAAUUGGAACCAUGGCGUCGUUAAAUGCUUCUACUACACAUUCUCUGGCUGGAUCGCGUCCGACUACACCACACAGUACUGUGUCCACUGCCCCCGUGUGAAUAUUUUAAAAAUGUGUUCAAGAUUUAAUUUUUUUUAAGCGAAAAAAUCUCUUUAAGUAAAUUUAAUAUUUGACUACGUGCAUCGACACAGUGUAACUGUUUCCGUCCAUUUCGUGGUCAAAGUUAAUUUGACAUUAUGAAAUACAAAUUAAUAUUAGACUAUGUGCACAUCGACACAGUGUAACUGUUUCCGUCCAUUACUGUGUUCAAAAUUAAUUUGACAUUAUAAAAUACAAUCAUUUUUUUUUUUUCGUAUGUUUUAUUUUUAAUAUUAAAAUAGCAUUAUAUUUUGUUUAUUACUUUUUAACUAAUAUUUUGAUAUAUUAUGAACAACAUUUUUAGUUAUUACUGUUUUUUUUUAUU